UUUAUACUCAUAAUCCUAUUUUUUCUCAAGCAAUUCUUUAAAAGUUGCAAACAUUUGUAUUUAGCGACUCUCCAUCCCCUGCUGGCCCUUCCGCCAUCUUUGAUCGGAACCAUUAUAGCCAGUAAUGAUGAAUGAGUCAUCCAAAUAAAAAAAGCGCGUUUUUCUCUUUCAAACUAAUCACGAUUAAAAGACCCUCAAUGAGUGGCCCAACUAGUGAACUUCACCGACCCGACUAUUGGACGAGUCGGUCAGGUAGUUUGAUCCGCCCGCCCACGGACAAUAGACCAGAGCACCGACACAGAGCGAUAAAACGGGUUGCCGCGUGGGCAAAGUGCCGUCCCCCUUGUGAACGGCCCGCCCUCUCAUCUCGUUUGGCUUUUAUUAGUUUGUAAUGGGUCGGUAAGUUUGGGCUACCGUCGUGAAUGGCGAGCGUCCACCACUCCCGACUGUUCCUGUAACCUUUCCGUUGACAUAAAGCUAAUCCCAGUUAAUCCCCUGUCACUUACCGGCACUGAUGUUUCGACUUCUACCGUCCUGAGACCUCUGCUACCACCAUUGCUUUCUCAGACUCAGUCGAGACAAGUCACUCUACAACAUCCUCUCCAAAGUUUGCUCACUCUUUUUUGAUUCUCAUCGCCAAGAUGGUUGCGACCAAGAAGACCGAGGAAUGCCGAUCCACCGAGGAUCGAGCCGAGAUCAAGGCCGUGCUCAGCGCCGUUCGUCCCCGUAAGUCUACCAAGGGCAAACAGCGACCCACGUACCGUCGUCGCGUCAAGCCUCCGCAUUCUUACGCUGAGUUGAUCACUAUGGCCAUCAAGUCGUCACCGUCUUGCAUGAUGACGCUCAGAGAGAUUCUGGACCACAUGUCUGCUUCCUACGAAUGCUUCAGAGGUUCCUACAUCGGCUGGAAGAACAGCGUGCGUCACAACCUGUCAGCCAACGACUUCUUCGUCAAGGUUCUGCGGAACAACCAGCGGCCGUACGGCAAGGAUAACUUCUGGACCCUGUCCCCCUCCUGCCCUCACUGCCUCGGGGAGUCCCCGGACCGUGAGCCAUCCGCCGGGUCAUCGCCGCUCCAUCAGCCGUUCCAGCCCCGGGUCAAUUCCUCCUCAUCGCCGAUCAACGCUGGAACGUCCCAUCACUCCGAGGAGGCCGCCGCACCGUACCUCUCUGCCGUCAACCAGCCAGCGGCUCCCGUCACGCGAUGUCCGAGUCCCACCCCGGGAUGCACGCCAGAAACCGGUACAGCUCCUGCCUCAGUUAACCACCAGGCCUGUGACGAGUGGAGCCAGCUGGAGGAUCUGUUUGUUCCCGAUGCUGACAUCGACUUAGCGCUGUACGAUGAAGACUUCGAGUUUGCCAUCCCGCACCAGCCUUCAGCGCCAGCUCAAGUCUGCCUCGGCUCUGCUGGUCAGGAUCGUUCUUCUCUCGCCCACAUCAAGACCGAGUACCACCCAAGCUACCCCGAGUACCUCCCGGCAGACUACGCACCCUACCAACCCCGCCACAGUCUCUUCCCUCACGGUAUCACCGAGCGACAGAUGAGGUUUCUGCCUCACAUCUCCUCAUCAGUCACCGCCAGACUACGCAUCAAGUCCGAGUACACCAGCACCACUACCAUCGAGUCCUCCAACUUUGUCUGCGGAGAUCCCGGCUCCUAUCCGCCAUCACCAGAGCCGUUUCUCCACGAGGCCGGCUACCCCGCCGAGCGACGACCGGACCAGUACCGCCUGGGCUCCAUCGUUGCCUCGGCAAUCCGUGGUAGCUUGAGUCUGGACUUGGAUGAGUCUGCUCUGCAAGCCAUCGAACGAUCGGUCAGACUGCUGGAUCGACCUAGGCCCGAUGAUCUCAUCUGCGCUUGAUAGGACUUUGUGAACUGAUACAACUCCUUCCACCUUAAUUCUGACUUUGACAGUGAUCUGCAAGAAUUAAAAAUACAAACAAUGUACAAAUAUUCAGGAUAGUCUAAAGUUACCUAAGGUUGUGUUUUAAUCUUAAAAUGUAUGGAUGCAACUAGCCUAUAGGGUAUCGGUAGUAAGUUUCGAAAUUCGGUUGUCAUUAGCUUUCAUUACGGCACCGGCAGUGAAAUUAAACUUCAUUCACACAGACAGACAAAAGAUAAUAGCCAAAUAGGCACCUGGCCUGUUAUCUGGUAAAAAAAACACC